UUGAUGGUCGCAUUUAAAGCCAAGUACUUCCCUAACAACUUCACCUUUUUUCCAUAAACUCUGUAGAAGGGCCAUCUCUACCAUUACAAUUUUAUCCUAAUUCCUCUCUUGUUUUGACAUUGUGAUGUUUACUCGUGUUCAUAUUGUUGUUUUGAAAUGAUUGAGUCGAAGCAUUAAUAACCAGAAAAUUAAGAUAUAUAACUGAUGGCACAUGUGGGAAAUGAUGGUGCUCUAAGAUCGUCACUGAUUUGGUUGGCGGUGGUUAUGGUGAUAGUUGGGGUAUGUACACAGAGUUUGACGAAGAUAAUGGUUACUUAUGUUGUGGGUAUUCUUGGAAUUGCUGGAAUCUUAUUGCCCGACUGGGAUUUCUUUGACCGUGAUUUUUCUAGAUGGUGCUACCCGAUUACUGCUGAAGAGAGGGCCUCCGCUGUUGCUCAAAGACAAGUUUCUCUCUUGAGGAGGUAUAGGAUCUAUCCUGUCAGACUGGUGGUUUACACCAUUAUUUAUGGGUUUGCAUUACACAAGUGGUGGAUGUUCGUAUCAAAUUGAAAGACUUCUGCACUCUGUUGUUGAUUUGUGCAAUUGUGAACUUGAAGAUAUGUGUAAAAAUUAUGUCAAAUGUUCAUAUAAAAAACAAUUUAUUUUUCUCCGGAUGAUUAUGUAUGUCAGCCAAAUAAGGACCCGCAAAAAUGGGUUCAAUUAGAAAGCAGCUUACAAUAAGAUGUUAGAUGCUUCAUUUGGCUGCAACCUGUGAUGGCAGAAAGCCAGAGACUGAUUUUAAGGAUUUCAUUUGUAUUUAUAUUAUGCCAUCUAAUAGUAUUCUUCAUUUGUUUGAUGCCAAAGU